UGGUGACUCAACAUUUGGCUACAACAAUAUCAGCCAAUAAUGCUUCCUGCUCUCUGUAACAAUGAUUCUACGUAGUUGUAUACAUCAACAUCAAUAGUCCUCCUGCUUCUUAAAAGAUUGGCCUAACAAGCCUGAAGACCGCGGCUAGCGUCUUGCGGAACCAAGCGCGCCGCGAUAAAAGCGAGCUUUUUUUCGGCCACUUGCGGCUCCGUCGUUUUGUGAUGUCGCUCGUCUUGUGGUGGUGUUGUGCUUCGUUUACAACAGCGUCGCGUACAACAGCAAUAGGAGAUGGGAAUGCCGGCAACAACUCGGCUUCCUUCAGGAGUGCAGAAAUUCGCAGGGUAAACCGUAGCCAAAUCGGUUCGAGGGCUACCUCGUCUUCGACCGGGAACGCGCCAGAAGGAAGUUACGAUGAAGAAAAGGACACAUCGACAUCGUCAUCGGCAACCAACCAACCGACCAACCAACCCACCAACGAGUGGGUGGGACGGAAGAGGAGAGCUGAAGAAGCACUCGCCCGAAAGCACCGAGCACAGAGCGCGCGGCUCGCUGUCGACAGCGACGGGGAAUCUGCGAUUGCAGACAAGAUGGCUCAGCAGGCUACCGAACCAAGAAACGCGAGCCGCAGGAGCAUGAUGCGGCACGAACAUUAGGAGGAGGAACAUCCGAUCCAACGUGGGGAUUCCCGACUAGGUUUUCUAUGUAUCUAUGUAAAAGCUUGCUCAAAAGUUAAUUACGUAUAGCGACCCUUUUGCUCUUCCAUUGUUCUCGUCCUUGUUGUCCUUCUGUCUGAAUUAGGCUCUCUUUUCGCCUCAAUUCAUUUACAAGUCCCAACUCAUAAUGAUUUCUGUGGUUUAGCUGCUUUUUCUAUGUUGUCUCUGUUUACGAGUCUUCUUUAUGAUGUAUUUAGCUAGAAGAAGCUUGCUUGAAAAUUACGUAUAUCUCUUCUGUAUGCUAUACCUAUAGUUUAACUUCUUGGUACUGGUACAACAUCAUUCAAGAAAAUUAGAAACGUCAGUGUAUGGGGAGACUUGACCUGGGACGAUAUGUUGGCCCGUUCUCUAAGGGGAGAAGGAGAAAGACCGUGACUCGAGAACGCAACAUGACGAACGAGAGGAGCGCGCGGCCAGUAUGUACUCGGUAGUAGAAGUUCAUCACGAGGGCACGACGACUGCUACUUCAACUCGCACAUGCCGGUCGAUCAAAUUUGAUAACUUCUAUUGGACGCAGACCCCGGGGGAAUUGCUCUCCGACCCUACCAAAAGUUGGGAAAUGGACGGUGGGAACGUAGGAGGAAAUGCUUGGUGUAAGUGCGAAAAUGCUUGCCAAGAAAACGCGGACUGCAAGUACUGGAUGUGGCAACAGACGACCACGGAACGCGGCAUCUGUCGUCAAUAUAGCGCGGUCACCAACCAGCGGCGGAUCCAGCCGGGAAAUGAGAACGCCCUCCGUUGGGUUACCGGAAUGUGUGCGUCUGCGGGCGACGACUUUUCCGAGCCAGCCUGCGAUCAGGGUAAUGGCGCGUGCUCGACGCAAAACCGCGGUCCCAAUUUGGAGCCGUGUGGUCCCAUGAAAUGGGAUUGGUACUACUGGAAUUAUGAUUGGGUUUUUCGCGCUUUUCAGGUUGUCAUCGCGGUGUCAAACAGCGCGUUUACUUAUACCAUAGCUAAUAUAUAUCUCCAAUUGCUCGUUGUUUUGGAAGUUCGUGUCAAUUUCUAUCUACUGCUUAGAAUUGACAGACGCUAGUGCGUGAGGAGACUAGAGCGCUCUGAAAGGGUAGAUUGACGAAAAUUUUCUGACGAGGGCCAAGCAUAUCGUUUUAGUUUUUUUUUUUUUCUAAUGGAGCAACGGCGUCGGAGAAGCAGUGAUUUUUUCCCAAUGUAAUGCGAACUGGCCGACAGGGUGGGACGAGUGCCAACAAGAAUGCCACGGCGCUUAUGACUGCAAGCUGUGGUCAUGGCAACUACGGAUGGAGAAUGUACUUACCCAGUAAAUUGAGACUAGUUCAUACUCUACCAACCUCCGUGCAAGUGCAACGCCAAGAUUCUGUAUUUGUGAAAAUUUUGAAUAUAUUUAUUUACGUCGGUUUAUUUAAGUAGUAAUGACAUCUCAAUAAUUCACCACGAAUAUAGUAACGGAAUGUGGGCUCGUAAUAUCCUGACACUUGCCAGCUUGUUGCUGUACAUGUCACGUCUGCACUUUCUCCGUUCAUAGUGGCAACAAUCCGGGAACAGCGGAAUCUGUCGGCUGUUUCGUGGUGUCACGAAUCAGCGGCGGCGCUUGCCUGAUUCCGAGGCAACGCGAUGGGUCGCAGGCGAGUGCGCGGGCGGCCUCAAUGUCCCCUGUGCAGACAAUACCUGUGCGAGUGGUGGAAGCACCACACUUUCCCCGACUACAACGCUCGCUCCGACUACAACGCUCGCUCCGACUACGAAGACAACGACAUCUGCGCCAGGGAAGGGUGACAGAAACACGGGUGGCAAAACAGCAUCAACGCUGUCAGUAUUUGUCUGCGUCUCGGUGGUGCUGGUGGUGCUGGUGGGCUUGGCGGGGAUAUUUCUCGCCAUUAGACAGUGAAAACUAAUCAGAAUUUGAUUAGACAAGUAAGUAUUCUUGUAAAAUUAAUAGAUCUCCAAAGAUAUUCAGUAUUCCAUAGAUCUCCAAAGAUGUACAGUAUUCCGGAAGCGGGCACCAGCUUUGUCCACGAAGAAGACAACUACUCUCGGUACAGCAUCAAGUACAACAUCACCCGCAGAAUCGCGUCCGCAUAUUUCGGAGAUACAGAUAGCUCUGAAAUUCCUAGGCCUUUCUUUGGAAUUUAGUGCAAGACACUUAAAAGGUCAAGAUGCUAGUCACGAUGCAGAAGUAGUUAGUGGGCAAAGAGUCUGUUAAGGAUGUUGUUUCAAAGUCACAAGCUGAAGGAGCUGCACCAAAGGAUACAUAGAAGUACCGGUGAUGGUGCAGUCCCAUUUAUUUCCCAAACUCCUUUUCCACUGUUGCUACGAGAAAUCACAAGACGCAAAUCCAUCAUGAGUCUUGGUUU